AUGGGUCCUGAUGAUUCGCAAACAUAUCCUACUCCUGGAGAUGUAGCUGCAUAUUUACCACCACAACAACCAUCUACCCCUUCACCACCAGCGUACAACUAUCCUCCACCACCUUCUCCGCCUCCAACACCUCCUCCACAACCGAAGUACGUAGCUCCACCGUCGCCUCCACCGCAACCGCCACCUCCGCCACAACCAAGUUAUCCACCUCCACAACCAAGUUAUCCACCUCCACCUUAUCCACCGCCAUCUCCUCCGCCACCACAGCCGAGUUAUCCUCCUCCACCCCCUCGACCACAGCCGAAUUAUCCUCCUCCAUCCCCUCGACCGCAGCCGAAUUAUCCUCCCCCACGACCACCUCCACCAUCACGUACUUAUGGUCCUACUCCUACACCACGUCCUCAGAUCCCAUCGUCAACUCCAUCUGCAUUCCCAUCGCCUGCGCCAACGUACCUGCCACCGUUUGGCCAAGGACCGCAAGGAGGUAAUUUUCAAGGACCUGGUGGCUUUGCAACGAGCACAGCGUCAGCAGGAGCGCGCGGUGGCGUCUUCAAGAUAAGUGGUCCACUCACUACUCCGAGUGGAAAUUUUCCUACUACACCCGUCGCUGGAGGAACGUUUCCGUCGUUCAAUACGCCAACGCAAACAUCGCCAAAUUUCAAUUUUCCAACGACAUCAACGCCAAAUUUCUCGUCUGCCUCGGCAUUCAGUUCUGCAACGUCAGGUCCUGUUGCGAACUAUCCUACUAGCACUACACAAUCGCCGUCCCCAGUGUAUAAAAUAUCGACUCCUAGACCGAACUAUCCAUCUCCUCGACCUAAUUAUCCUUCUCAGCAGCAAAGGCCAAGCUAUCCGGGACCUCAACAGAACUAUCCUUCACCACCUCCUCAACCUAACUAUCAAUCUCCUCAACCUAAUUAUCCUCAGCCGCAGCCGAGUUAUCCUCCGAGUUAUCCUGCUCCUCAACCAAAUUAUCCUGCUCCACCUCCUCAGCCGAGUUAUCCUCCGCCACAACCGAGUUAUCCUGCUCCCCAGCCAAAUUAUCCUCCAGCACCAAAACCUAAUUACCCACCUCCUCAACCGAGUUUUCCUUCUCUACCUUCUGAGCCUAGUUAUCCUUCUCCAGCUCCUAAAUCGAGUUAUCCAUCUCCUAAACCAACUUAUAUUUCGCCACAGCCGAGUUAUCCUCCUCCCCAGCCCACUUACCCACCAGCACCAAAACCUAAUUACCCACCUCCUCAACCGAGUUAUCCUUCUCCACCUCCUCAGCCUACAUAUCCUCCUCCUCAACCUAAUUAUCCGCCUGCUCAGCCAAGUUAUCCACCAUUACAACCAAGUUACCCUCCUGCUCCUAAACCAAAUUAUCCUCCAUCUCAACCAAGUUAUCCUCCAGCUCCUAAACCAAAUUAUCCUCCUCCUCAACCUAAUUAUCCUCCUCCACAACCAAGUUAUCCCCCAGCUCCUAAACCAAAUUAUCCUCCUCCUCAACCUAAUUAUCCUGCGCCUCAACCAAAUUACCCUCCUCCACAACCAAAUUACCCUCCUCCACAACCAAAUUAUCCCCCAGCUCCUAAACCAAAUUAUCCUCCGCCUCAACCAAAUUAUCCUCCUUCUCAACCCAAUUAUCCCCCAUCUCAACCAAGUUAUCCUCCCUCUCAACCAAGUUAUCCACCGUCUCAACCUAAUUAUCCUCCGUCCCAACCAGGUUAUCCUCCUACAGGGGGACAACAAAAAAUGAUAUACUUACCACCUCAAUCGCAAUCGCAAUAUGGCUGA